ACGGCGAAAAACCCUAACAAAAACCUCCAUUCACCGGCGAAAAAUGCGAGCUCCGAUCUCCGGAUUUCUCUCGAGAUCCCUCGGUUACCUCCACCGUACGACGCCUCUAACCACCGCUACUCGCCACCUAUGCGCCGUCGCUUCUCCCGAAGCUCGAACGAAGAAACUCGAGCGAAUCGCCGACGAUUUACUCAAACUGAAUCGGAUUGAGCUUUACGAUUACUCAAUCCUCUUCAGCCAUAAACUCGGUCUCAAUCGCUACGGUUCCGCCGUAGCUGUUGCCGGAUCUGACGGCGAGGCAUCAGGUUCUACGGAGACCAAAACGACGGAGAAGACUGCUUUCGAUGUGAAGCUUGAGAAAUUCGAAACGGCUUCGAAGAUCAAAGUGAUAAAAGAGAUCAGAGCGUUCACGGAUCUGGGAUUGAAAGAAGCUAAGGAAUUGGUUGAGAAAGCUCCAGUGAUUGUGAAGAAAGGUCUUACUAAAGAAGAGGCUGAGAAGAUCAUGGAGAAACUCAAAGCGGUUGGUGCUAUUGUAGCUUUGGAAUGAAACUGGGAUUGAGAUCAAAAUAAGUAUUUGAAUUUUUC